AUGACCUCUACUUUCGAAAUUUCCACGAACGAGAUUGGCUCAUCUUCGGCUGACCCUGGAAAUUUGGAUCCGAAGUCUACUUUCUUAACGCUGUCAGAAUCAAGCCAGACUACUUUGGAAUCUAGUGCUGAAUCCAACACUGUGAUAAUCUCACCUUUAUCAAAAGAAACCGCAACACUUACAACUUCAGAGGAGUCAUUGUCGAGUUCCAGUCCUUCUUCAACAACCAGUGCAGGCCUCGCUGUCACAGACUCUUAUGUCUCCUCAUCUGUGGCAAGCGUCACACCAACGUCAAGCUUAAGCGACGACCCAUCAACAUCAUCAACAUCCACAUCAUCAUCGUCACUGCUUGCAUCUUCAUCUAUAUCGUCUUCAAGUUCCUCUGUAUCUGCUUCAUCGCUCUCAUCAUUCGCCCAGACGUAUUUAGACAGGCACAAUUAUUUUAGAGCCUUGCAUGAAGAUACUCCUAACCUAACAUGGAAUGAUGAUGUGGCUCAAGUUGCACAAAAUUACGCUGACGCUUACACGUGUAACGGCGAAUUGGUGCAUUCAGGAAACUCUUUGGAUGGCCAGAGUCUCGGCGAAAAUUUAGCUUACGGCUACAAUUUUGCUACCGCUGGUGCUGUUGAUGCAUGGUAUGACGAAAUUAAUCAGUACAACUACUCAGAUCCAGGAUACUCGGAAGCUACGGGACAUUUCACGCAGUUGGUCUGGAAAUCGUCAACUGAAGUUGGCUGCGCUUACAAAUAUUGCGGUUCUUACUUGGGGUAUUACAUUGUAUGCAACUACUUGCCAAUAGUGUUCAACAGGGGUCUGAUUCGAUUCCUGUCACUGAAAACAGUGGGCACACCAAAUGAAAAUGCGCUCAAAUUUAUUUCUACAGAUUUCAAUUUUCUUCCAGAGUCCCUAACGAGCGCAGUUGAAGUCAAUGAUCUUCCUGAGGCAUCGGAAAGAUCGCCCCUAGCAUCAGAGCUUUUCAAACUAAACGGGGUAAAAUCGUUACUCAUUGGGCACAAUUUUAUCACAGUGAACAAGGUUGAUCCAGAGCUUUCUAAUAAUCCUGACUUGCAUUGGGAUUCGUUGUCUACAAAGGUCAAGAAUGUGAUAACCAAUGCUGUGGAUUCCAAUAUCCCUGUUUUGAAUCCUGAGUACCUGGAUGAAAUAGUGAGGAAGCAGGACGAGGCUCAAGAGGACGACGAUGAUGUGACGUAUGAAAUCAAGGAACUCAUAAAUACGCGAAUCCGCCCCGCACUUCAGGAUGAUGGAGGUGACAUUCAUUUCAGAUCUUUCGAUCCAGAAAGUGGAACAGUUUAUCUCAAACUUCAAGGUGCCUGCAAAUCCUGUUCUCUCAGUGAGGACACUUUGAAGAAUGGCAUUGAAAGUAUGCUGAAACACUAUAUCCCUGAAGUGGAACAAGUGAAGUCAGUUUUGGAUCCUGAAGAAGAGAUCGCUCUACGAGAGUUCGAGAAGUUGGAAAAAAAAUUGAAACAACAGCAAACUUUGUGA